AGGCGCACUUUCCCACGGUGGCAGGGGGCGCUGCUUCUUUGUGGUGGCCGUUGGCCUUCUGUGGCAGGCCGGUUGCCUCGGUCGCGUAUCUGUCCGUCCGUCGGUCGAUCUGUUCAUCCGCCCCGGGGCCUGUCUGUUGACCGCGCUCCACGCCUGCUGGCUCCUAGUGGCUGAGCUCCGGGGGCAGGACCUGAUUCUCUAGGCCUGGCCUAGGGCCCAGGUAGCUGCAGAACUGCCCGCUCGGGGGGACGCUGCCAAGGGCCGCCAUGGAGACCCCUGCCCCGAAGCCCCAGGAGACAGCUCUGUCCUCUCAGGACCCUGCUCUUCCUCACAAGGAGAAUCUAGAGGAUAAAUGGGGUCACAGUCUCCUGGAAGCCAGGCCUGAGGAAUCUGUGACUUUCAAGGAUGUGGCCGUAGACUUCACCCAGGAGGAGUGGGGCCAGCUGGACUCUCCUCAGAGGGCCCUGUACCGGGAUGUGAUGCUGGAGAACUACCAGAAUCUUCUCGCCCUAAUGGGGCCUCCGAUCUGUAAGCCAGACGUGAUCUCCCAUCUGGAACGAGGCGAAGAGCCAUGGCAGGUGCCCAGAGAAGUCCCCAGAGGGGCUCGUCCAGAAUGGGAGCCCAGGCCUGCGAUGAUGGAGGAGUUGUGGCAGCAGCAGGGCACCUACAAAGAAGAGCCAUCACAGGAGUCAGUUUCGGAGGGGCUGACGAGGUCCAGUCUCCACAGCCCUGGUCCAGGCGAGGGGUGGGCCUGGGAGGGCCCAGUGGCUGCUCUGUCAGGAGGCGAGGAUGUGCUGUGGAGGUGCAAGCCCACCGGCUGUGGGGAGGUCUCUGCAGAGGAGCACUGGCAGGGACACGAAGCGUCUGAGGAGGCUUUGCCCCUCAGGUGCACCCUCUUUGCCCAGCAGAGCAAAGGAGCUCUCAUUCCAACAGAGGGAGAGUCUCCUGACAGACACACCAACAUUUUCCCAUCCAGCGAGGCUGCAAGCCAGCACCAGAGAAUGUGCACAGGGAGAAACAAUUGCCAGUCCCGAGAGCACAGCAAACCUCCGCUUGGGAAAAGGCCUCAGGGCACUGGCACCGGGGAGGGUCUCUUUAUGUGUAGCCAGUGUGGGAAAACCUUCCACCAGAGCUCCUCCCUCACCCUGCAUCAGCGAUGGCACGCACGGGAGAAAGCCUACAGGUGUAACGAGUGUGGCAAGGCCUUCACCUGGAGGACCAACCUCGUCGAGCACCAGAGAAUCCACACAGGGGAGAAGCCCUUCCUCUGUGGCGAGUGUGGGAAAGCCUUCAGCUGUCCCUCGUCACUGAACGUGCACCACAGGAUCCACACGGGCGAGAGGCCCUACAAGUGUAACGCCUGCGAGAAGGCGUUCAGCUGCAGCUCGCUGCUGAACAUGCACCUCAGGGUCCACACCGGGGAGAAGCCCUACAAAUGCAGCGAGUGCGGGAAAGCCUUCAACCAGAGGACGCACCUGACACGGCACCACAGAAUCCACACGGGAGAGAAGCCGUAUAAGUGUGACGAGUGCGGGAAGGCCUUCACUUGCCACUCAUCCCUGACCGUGCACGAGAAAAUCCACAACGGAGACAAGCCGUUUAAAUGCAGCGACUGUGCGAAGGCCUUCAAUAACCGCUCACGCCUCACCCUCCACCAGAGGAUUCACACGGGAGAGAAGCCCUUCAAGUGUGGCGAUUGCGGGAAGGGCUUCAGCUGCCACUCCUACCUGGUCGUGCACCAGAGGAUCCACAGCGGGGAGAAGCCUUUCAAGUGCAACGAGUGUGGGAAAGCCUUCAACUCCCACUCCUACCUCAUCGUGCACCAGCGGGUGCACACAGGGGAGAAGCCAUUUGCCUGCAGUCGGUGCUGGAAGGCCUUUAGCUGCCACUCGUCGCUCAUCGUGCAUCAGCGGAUCCACACUGGAGAGAAGCCCUAUAAAUGCAGCCAGUGCGGCAAAGCAUUCACCCAGAAUCACUGUCUCAUUAAACAUCAGAAAAUCCACUCCAGGGAGAAGUCUUUUAAAUGUAACGAAUGUGGCGAAAUGUUCAACUGGAGCGCUCACCUCACCAAACACCAGAGGAUACACAGAGAAGAAAAGCCAUUUGCCAUCCAGUUCAAUAAGCAUUUGCUGAAUACAUACUAUGUUCCCAGUAGCCUGCUGGAUGCAGGUGACAUGGCCGUGAGCGGCAUGGACCCCAUCAAUUCACUGGACAUGGCAAAGCUCCUGUGUGUGGUUCAGCCCUCAGCCAGCAGGAACUUCCCCCUGGGUAGCAAACCUGGAAAUUAACAUGGUGUGCUUGUCAUCUGGCUUCUUCCCCAGGGUGAACGGCGGGGAAAACACAGUGGCUCGGAGGUACAUGCUGUAGCAGACACCUUCUUAUUAGCAGUCAUCACCUCCUGGGAAGGGAUACAUUCUAGGAGAGUAGAGUUGAAGGUCAUUUGAGGAUGUCCCAUGGUCUUGUUUCCUUUGACGGGUUUUGUGGUCACUGACCAGUGGAUUAGAUCUUUCCUGCAGAUAAAAAGGUAUGUCAAUCAUCGUGUCCUCAGACAGGCUCCUGGCAUGAUUUUGAUCAGGAAUUUCAUCUGUGAACUCUUAUGUUAAGAAUAAUAUAAAGAAUUUUAAAAACCAGAAUUAUGAACAGUAUUACCUCCAAGCAAACAUUGUAUUCCUGGAGGGGAGAAUAAUCUUGGAUGGUGGGAGUUUGGGAAAAAUCCGAUUCUCUGCACUCCCCUCACUGAAGUGGCUCUGCUGCAGAGGCAUUUGUUACAGCCAGCACAGACGUCACAGACACACAGACCAGCAACAGCCAGACCCUGACAAGCUGGCCUCACACCUGGCCACCUGGUUCGUAAUGGAAGAUUGGGAGCACACAGGCCAUGCGGCUGCAGUGUCGGGACAGGUGUGUCCAGAAGCACACCUUCACCCCAGCUGGGGCUGCCUGCAUGGCAUCCCCACCACGUAGCUCAGCUCCUCAGUGCAACCCCCAGGGAGAAGCCCCUUCCAUAGGACCAUCCCCAUGCUCCCUGCAGGGACAGAAAUACAGUGUUUAUCUAGAUUUAAUGUUAUUUCCACAAGUUCUCAGCAAAUACAAGAUGCCUUCUCAGUGAUAAUAAUUUGCAUUUGUAUAGAGUGCUAUAGUUUAUGAAAUGCUUUUUCAUAUACUUUUUAAAUUAUGGAGGCAA